AUGGAAGAAGCUUCGCGGAGAAGUGCCCUGGCCAUUUUGAAUCCUAAGGAAACUAUUCAAAUAGAAUCCUAUGAGGGACCCAUCAGGGUUGCUUUGGAGGAAGUGGAAGAGAAAAAGCUGUCAGAAAUGGUUGAGGAGAAGAAGAAGAAUAAGAACAAGGAGAAGAGGGUAGAAAGAGAUGAAGAAGCCCAACCAAGGAAGGAAAAGAAAGAAAGAAAAUCGAGUGAGGAGAGGGAACUCGGACGAGAAGGGAAGCUCCUGAAGAAGAAGGAAGAAAAGAGAAAGAGAGCUGAAAACCCAGAGGUCAAUGGAGAAUUAACCAUCGCAAAGGUGGAUGAGGGGGUGUCAACGCAACAAAGAGAAUCAGUGCAACUUGAAGAGGAAUCAAUGAAAAUAAGAAUGGUUGCAACUGACAAUGGAGAGGAUCCAGACAUCACCCCUCUUAUACGGCGUUGUAAAGAGAAUAUGCCGCAAGGGUCAACAAUCGACCCAAAAAUUUUGUAG